AGCUCUCUGUCUGAAACAUUAUGCUCUGAUGAGGACAGGAGCACUGGAAAAGAUACGAUUGUGUUUAAUAAAGAAACUGCUGCCAGAUUUGCAAGACAGAAGGAAAUAUCAUGAGGAGUUUGCCUCAUCCACUUCACUUCAUGGUGUGCAUAAGAUUGUCCACACGCAGAGCAAGGCUCGCAGGGUGCUGUGGCUGCUGAUAGUCGCGGGCUGCCUUGCCAUUGUUGUUUGGCAGAUCUACACUCGCUUCAUCUACUACUUCAGCUGGCCAACCACAACUACAGUGGUGGUUCAGUACGUGGAAAAAGUCAAAUUCCCUGCUGUGACCUUCUGCAACUUGAACCGGUUUCAAGCUCAUGCAGUGAGCAACCUGAAAGUAAUUUUUUUGAUUUGGAACACUGUAUCUGCAAUUUUCCAAAAAUUUGCUAUGGAAGAUAAAUAUUCUCAGGAGUUAAAUGAUUUCCUUCUUGGGAACAAGAACUUCAGCAUCAAGGACUUUACAAGGAAAAAUGGGUUUUAUCUGAACAGCAGCACAUUGCUAGAAUGUGAUUUUUUUGGAAAGCCAUGUUACCCACAGGAUUUUGAACAUGUUUUCACUGAAUAUGGAAACUGCUUUACUUUUAAUCACAAUGAUCUUUCAGCAAGAAGAGUGAGUUUGUCUGGAAGAGGCUUACAUUUGCUUUUUGAUGUUCAGCAGGACAAAUUCACUGAUGAACCUACUCUCGGUUAUACUGAUGCUGGAAUAACUUUUGCUAUCCAUUCACCCCAAGAGCUUCCACGUUUUGAUGGUUUAGGAUUACUGACACCAGUGGGGAUGCACGCACAGGUCGCAAUCCGCCAGCUGAAGUCAAUUAUUCAAGAAUAUCCAUGGGGAGAGUGCAAGCCUGAUAUAAAGCUUCAGUACCACAAGAUUUAUAGUACAAACGGAUGUUUGCUGGAAUGCAAAGCCCGGUACAUACAGGACUGGUGUGGCUGUUUGCCAUUCAUUCUUCCAGGAAAUGGAACAGAAUGUGACUUGCUGAAGUUUUACAAAUGUGUUUAUCCAGCAGUCUAUAAUAUAGAGAUAAAAGGAUUAUGUACCGUAGGAACACACAAUUCCACUUGCCCUGCCCCAUGUGAAGAAACAGAUUAUCCUACCACUGUCACCUAUUCAAAUUUUGGAGGAGAAAAAGCCAUGAAAUAUUUUUCUACAAAACUGAAGAAAAGCUCAGAAUACAUCAGGCAAAACCUUGUGCGUAUUGAGAUUAAAUAUCAUGAUCUGAGCUACAAAAUAACACAGCAGCAGAAGGCCUUGACUAUCUCUGAGUUGCUUGCCGAUGUAGGUGGCCAACUUGGAUUGUUUUGUGGUGCCAGUAUGAUUACAAUCAUAGAACUGUUAGAGUAUAUUUUUACUAACUUCUGUUGGAUGUGCAUCUUUCUUCUUUUGAAAGCUCCUGAAAUGCCUCAAUGGAACAAUCCAUCCCAGAACCAACCAACACAUAAGGGAAAAAAGAGGGGAAUACAAGAAUGUUAAUGGCUUGUAGAAGUCCGGAACUAAUUGAUUUCUUUUUAAGAUACAAAGGACUGUAGAAUUUUACACUGCUUCCUUCUCUGCUCUCCUUAUUCUCCCUACUAUUUCCCUAAAAUUAUUUAACUGUGCUAAAUAACUUUAAAGAGUG